GAUCGAGGGUUUCUACUCGGUGACCCUGCUGAAGGGCUUAAAGCUCGUCGGCUUGUCGUAAAGCUCUCCUCGACGUGUUACAAGCUUCCUUCGAAGCUUUUUAUCGAAGGCGUUGAAUUAUCUGACGAGCAUGCGACUUUUGGCGGGGGAUUUGGUGACGUUUUCAGAGCUUCUUACAACGGGCAACCCGUAGCACUCAAGCGCAUGAGAAUAUUCCAAAGGGAUCCUAACCUCCCUAGUAUCCGUCGGAGGUUUUGUCAAGAGGCCUUGACAUGGCAAAGCUUGAAGCAUACAUACAUUGUCCCAUUUCUGGGAAUCGUAGCGGAAGAAUUUCCGACAGCUCUUUGCUUGGUUUCUCCGUGGAUGAGAAAUGGAACGGUUAUCAAGUAUCUUGCGGACAACGGCAGAGCUAACGUUAAUAAACGAUUGUAUGAAAUAUCGCAAGGACUGGCCUACCUACAUUCACAGCAUAUCGUUCAUGGUGAUCUUCGCGGAUCAAAUAUAUUGAUAAAUGAUGACUGGCAGGCCUGCCUAACAGAUUUUGGCUUGACUGUUUUCAACGAUGCUACUCCUGCCACUUAUACUUCCAGGCAUGAGGGCUCGGUGCGGUGGAUGGCGCCCGAACUCUUUUUUCCUCAGUCCUUUGGUCUUGACCGCUUUCGCUUGACGCCUGCUACCGACAUAUACGCGCUUGGGUGUGUAUGUUUGGAGCUUUACACGGGUCAUGCACCAUUCCACGAUAUUUUUCAUGACCCUGCUAUAGUCCUCAAGGUGACAGAGGGGAAGAGGCCUGAACGUCCGUCGGGUUCUGAGGCGAUGCGUGACGAACUGUGGAAACUCAUCGAGUCCUGUUGGAGCCAUCAGUAUCGUGAGCGUCCAGACAUCGACACCGUGGUCGACAUAAUGUCGACUCUUGUCAGUAUAUCAAUAUGUUACUUUCAGAUCUGGAAACAUACUGACAGAGUUUUAUAGUCAUUUCCGCAGCAUCUACAUCUCUUACCUUGUCCAAUACCUGACAUUCUAACGCCAAUCCAGGAGAGGGUCAACCUUGGUAGCCAAAAGCGUGUCCAUUUCGAU